CUCCGGCGCCGCCGCCGCCGCCUGGGAAGGGCGCGCGCCAGACUCGGGCGCGCGGGGAGCAGGGAGCAGGCGAGCGCCGGGCCCGGACGCCCGCAGGCCUGACUCAGCGGACCGUCCGCCUCGAGGGAGCCGUUGGAUGGAAACCCCGGACCGUGGAACCUGUGCUGAGCCAGCCUUCCGGCUUAAUGGGAGUGCUUGUGCAACUGAACACCACCAAAGUAUGGAUAUGGGAAACCAACAUCCUUCCAUCACUAGACUUCAGGAAAUCCAAAAGGAAGUAAAAAGUAUAGAACAGCAAGUAAUCAGUUUCAGUGGUCUGUCAAGUGACAAGAAUUACAAGAAACUGGAGCGGUUUCUAACAAAGCAACUGUUUGAAAUAGACUCUGUAGAUACCGAAGGAAAGGAGGACAUUCAGCAAGCUAGGAAAAGGGCGGCGCAGGAGACAGAACGCCUUCUCAAAGAGUUGGAGCAGAAUGCAAACCACCCGCAUCGGAUCGAAAUACAGAACAUCUUCAAUGAAGCACAGGCCCUCGUGAGAGAGAAGAUCGUUCCCUUUUACAGUGGAGGCAGCUGCAUAACUGAUGACAUUAAGGAAGGCAUCCAGGAUAUCAUUCUGAGGCUGACCCAUGUUAAAACCGGAGGCAAGAUCUCUUUACGGAAAGCAAGGUAUUACACACUAACCAAAAUCUGUGCCGUGCAAGAGAUUGUCGAAGACUGCGUGAAAAAGCAGCCUUCCCUGCCACUUUCUGAAGAUGCACACCCCUCUGUCGCCAAGAUCAACUCUGUGAUGUGUGAAGUGAACAAGGCCAGAGGUGUGGUCGUGGCGCUCCUGAUGGGUGUGGACAGUAGUGAGACUUGCAGGCACUUGUCCUGCGUGUUCUCCGGGCUGACUGCCAAUCUGGACGCUCUAGAUGUGUGCGGGCACACAGAAAUCAGAAACUAUCGGAGGGAGGUGGUGGAAGACAUCAACAAAUUACUGAAGUAUUUGGAUUUAGAGAAGGAAGCCGAUACUACACAUGCUUUUGACCUGAGACAGAACCAUUCCAUUUUGAAAAUAGAAAAGGUCCUCAAGAGGAUGAGAGAAAUAAAAAAUGAAUUUCUUCAAGUUCAGAACCCUCCUGAAUUGUACCUGAGCUCCAAGACAGAACUGCAGGGUUUGAUUGGACAGCUGGAUGAGGUAAGUCUUGAAAAAAACCCCUGCAUCCGGGAAGCCAGGAGAAGGGCUGUGAUUGAAGUGCAAACCCUGAUCACUCACAUCGACCUAAAGGAGGCACUGGAGAAAAGGAAGCAAUUUGCCUGUGAGGAGCACCCCUCACACCAGGCAGUCUGGGAUGUGCUUGGAAGCCUGUCGGAGAUCCAGGGAGAGGUCCUCUCGUUCGAUGGAAACCGAGCUGAUAAGAACUACAUCCGGCUGGAGGAGCUGCUGACCAAGCAGCUGCUAGCCCUGGAUGCCGUGGACCUGCAGGGUGAGGAGAGGUGUAAGGCUGCCAGGAAACAGGCUGUGAAGCUGGCCCAGAACAUCCUCAGCUAUCUCGACCUGAAAUCCGAUGAGUGGGAGUACUAAAAUGCCAGCGACCUCGCUCGUUUUGAACUUGAUACACACUUUUAUGUAUUUAUGGAGAGCUUUCAGCUCAUGGAGCCCAAAUGUGAUUUAUACGUGCUUAUUUCAAUCUCAGUAUUUAUGACUUAAGUAAAUUAUAUUCAGGGUCUUUGCUGCUUUUGAUGUUGCAAAACUAUUACAGCUCAUUAACCUUUCCAUUUGGAUCAUCCAUAUGAUGUGUGGUUUGUUUGGUUUGUUUUCUGUGUUUUGCUUGUGAGUUUUUAAUCAGAACAUGAAAUAGCAGCAUUCAUAAUUUUUAAAUGGGUUGUGCAAGCACUGAAAUGCAGAAACUUCAGAAUCUAGAAAUAGAUAUAACCUUACAUAACAAAUUAUGAGAAGGAGGAAAUUUUUUGGUAAAGUCUAAGCAGUAGGUUUUAUGCUAAAUAAGGCAGAAGGGUUUUUUUCACUUACAAGGCCUGAAUGGUCCCUUAUAAGUGGGUCAUUUAUAUAUUUAUAAAAAUGAGGAGGGAUGGUUUAUAUGUUAUAUAGAGAAGGUGGGGUCAUCUAUGUUAUAUAAAUGAGAUGGGAUUGUUUGUUUCUAUGUUUGUAUUGUCUGUUCUUUCAUAAACAUUUUUGUUUAAAAAACAAAAUAUGAGAUAUUAGCACACACCCACAAGAAUGGCUAACAAAUGCUGGGAAGGAUGCAGAGCAAAAGGAACUCUCCUUUGUUGCUGGUAGGAAUGAAGUGUUUCCUCUACUUUAGAAAAUGAUCUGGCUGUUUUUGAUAGUUAAACAUAAACAUAUAUAAGCCAGUAAUUACAUUUUUAAGUGUUUCUGAGUGAUCUGAAAUUGGAUGUUCAGACAAAUACCUGUACAGGAAUGUUUACAGCAGUUUGUUCAUGAUUACCCCAAACUGGUAGCAACCAGGAUUCAUUUCAAAAGAAGAAUGAAAAACUGUGGUACAUUUACACAUUUCACUACUACUCAGCAAUAAAAAGAGACAAACUGUUGAUGCACAAAGCAAACAAAUGGAUUAUCAAUGUAACUUAAAAGUGAAAGAAUCCAAUCCCAAAGACUAAUUAUUGUAUGAUUCCAUUCAUAGAACAUUCUGAAGAAGCCACAGGGACCAAAACCAGUUUAGUGGUUUCCACAAGGGAGAACUUUAGGGUAAAGAACAAUUCUGUAUAGCACCUGUGUAGCAGAUACCAAAAUCCACAGAACUGGAUACCACAAGAGUGAACUUUUUUUGGUAUCAGGGAUCGAACUUGGGUCCCUGCAGUUGCAAGCUAGGUGGUGGAACCACUGAGCUAAAUCCACGGCCCAAGAGUGAACUUUAUAUUGUGUGCAAAUCCAUUAAACAUUAAUGUGAAAAAGAAACAUCAAAUAGGACAUGGGGUAUCCUUGGAUAAAAUGUCUAUUACAAUAAAUGAAUCUAAUUAUACUACAGAUGUCUGACAUAACUGCACUGAAAGGAGUUGGGGGAUAAAGGUGCUCCUCUAGUAACACUGGAAAAUGGUGUUUUGACAUGAAACUGCAAGAGUAAAGCAAAAAAGGACCUGUACAUAAUUACUGUGUUCCAGUUGAUAAAACUGCUUUUCACUGGAAUACAGGUUAACAAUUAUGAAAAUGUUCAGUGUGUGUGUGUGUGUGUAUAUAUAUAUAUAUAUAUGGUUGAAUAUAUAAAUAAGUGGGUGAUAGAUGGUGGAAACCAGAUUUCACACUGUUGGAGAAGGAAGUUACACUUAAGCAAGAAAGGUUGGAACAAAUUCUCUAAAGGAUGGUUAAGACAUCAGUAUGAAUUCACACUAAGCUUAAUAGACACAGAAAUAACUGAUACAUGUUUAUUUUGGCUUAGUUGUUAUAUACAUAUUGUCUUGUUCUGCCUCACUGAGAGGGCCUAGAAGUAAUGACACUAUGGUAGCAAUAACUAUGCUCAGCAUUCAGUUCUUAGUUUCUAAAUACCAUUCUCUGGUAAAAAGUGCUAGGGUUUCUUGGAGAAAUGGAAGAUUCUAUGGCUGAGGCAGGGAAAAUACAAGACAAGCCUAGAAUAUCUUGUAGGAACAGAAAGUAAGGAAGUAGUAUUGGAGAUAGUUAAGUCAGGUAGAGACUAAUAGGCAGUUAGAAAGGAUCCAGGCACAAUACAGAGUUAGAAUAGAGAUGAGCAAACCACCAGGCCAGUGGUCCAGGGCUGAGUUGAGAGAAAGUCUCUCCAGAGAUAAAUGACAGUCCAAAGCAGUACUGGAACUAGCACUGUAUGGUCCAAAAGCCUAAACAAUAUAACAAACACAUAGAAACAAUAUAACAAACACACAGAAAGAUGAUCAGGAUAUUCUGAUCCUCACUCCUACCCCUUCCAGAAAUGCCUGACAUCUCCGAGCUACAUACCCUUGCUAGGUACCUUGUUUUUCUAUUAGAUCUCUAUGAGUUAAGUGAUUGUACUUGUAAUCCUAUAAAUUGAUUAUAGUUUGACCCAAGGUAACCCGUGAUGUGGUUUUGCUGUAUAAAAAGCCCCUAGACAAACAGCCUCAGCAGCAAUCCACUUUUGGGACCCCUCUUGCCUCUCAGGAGCUUUCUCUUAAUAUAACUUUCCUACUCUUCA